AUGCUUGAGUGGGGUAUUCAUAACAUUUUCACUAUCACAAUUGACAAUGCUUCUACCAAUGAUGCUGCUUUGGAGUUUGUGAAGAGGAGAACUGAGGUAGAUGACUCCAUUGUGAGGGUUAGAAGUGCGGUGAAGUAUGUGAAGUCUUCACCUGCAAGAUUUGAGAAGUUUAAGGGUUGUAUUGAAAGAGAACAAAUUUCUUUCAAGGGUUUGUUGUGUCUUGAUGUUUCAACUAGAUGGAACUCUACAUUUUUUAUGUUGGAAGGUGCUGAAAAAUGUCAAUCUGCUUUCCAACUUAUGGAAGAGUUUGAUAAAAACUUUAAGAGUGCAUUGAAUGAGGAAAAGAAUGAGAAAGAGGGUUUGGGACCUCCUACAUGUGUUGAUUGGAAUCGUAUUAGGAUUUUUCUUAAGUUUCUCAAACUUUUUUAUGAUGCCACAAUGCGACUUUCAGGGUCUUUAUAUUGUACAUCUAAUAUGUACUUCCAAGAAGUUUGUGGCAUUCAAAUGCAUUUACAAGAGUAUAUUGAUAGUGAUGAUUUUGUAUUGAGUUCUAUGGUAGAGAGGAUGAUGAUGAAGUACAAUAAAUAUUGGGGGGAUCUUGAAAACAAUGAUAAGGUUAACUUGAUGAUGUUUGUUACGGUUGUACUUGAUCCACGAACCAAAUUGGAGUCAUUGGAAUAUUGGUUCAAAGAUGUGCUUGGUGACAAGAAAUGUGAGGAGAUGGUGAAAAAAUUGAAAUCAUGCCUUAACAAAUUGUAUGAUCACUACAAUGUUGGACAGAGUUCAUCUCAAGUUCAACAUGGUAGUGAAUUGCUUCAAGGUUCCUCAAUGAAAAUAGAAGAAACUGAGAGUGCCAACUUUUACUUCAUGAAUAGGUUUCAUAAAUACCUAACUUCUAAAGGUGAUAUGGAAAGCAAAUCGGAGAUCGAUCGAUAUUUGAUGGAGGAUGUUGAAAAAGCGAAUGUGAAUUUCGAUGUUUUAAAUUGGUGGAAGGUGAACUCAACCGAAUUCCCAAUUCUUGCCAAAAUAGCAUGA